AUGACAGAAGAAAAGGUCACACCCGCGCCCGUCGCCCGGGUCGACAGCGCCGACCCGCGCCCGUCAUACGCUGGAAGCGCCCGCAUCCAUCCCGAUGAGAAAGGCGCCAUGGGCGGUGAAUGGACCGAGCCCAUCGUCGACACGAAGGUCCCCGAGACCGAAGAGCACAAGGAAGAAGAUCUCUACCGUCCUCUGCUGAUGGACCCUAGCAUCCCGAAUGAAGAAAACAUCCUGACUGUGCGCGCGGUUGUUAUCGGUUGCAUUCUGGGAUCUCUCGUCAACGCAUCUAACCUUUAUCUCGGGUUGAAAACCGGUUUUACAUUCAUCGCUUCCAUGUUUGGUGCCGCGGCCACCGGUGCCGGUGGUAUCGCCGGCAUCUUCGUCGCCGGUAUCCCCGCCAUGUACCGCCUCGGAGUCAUGGACAGCACGCCUUCUGGUGACAUCGGCAAGAUCUUUACCUUGACGAUUUGCUGUUCCUUCUUCGGACUCUUCUUCGUCACCCCGCUCCGCAAGUUCUUCAUCAUCCGCACCGCCCGGGAGCUGAAGCUCAUGUUUCCCACCUCGACCGCCACUGCCUUGACAAUCAGGUCCAUGCAUGCGGGUGCGCUCGGCUUCGCUUUCGGCGCCUGCAUCAUCCACCGCGUCGCAUCGUACUACGCCAUCGGGAUCCUCUACGACUGGCACGUUUUCACCUGGAUUCACAUCUGGAGUGGUUAUAUGUCUUGGGCAAUGAAUAUAGAGUCUUGGGGGUGGUUUUUUGAGAUAACAUCAGCCUUUAUCGGGUCUGGAAUGUUGAUCGGAAUGAACUCUGCUUGUUCCAUGAUGGCCGGGAGUAUUCUGGCUUGGGGACUUAUCGGCCCCUUGCUCGUUCACUACGGCGAAUGCAUUGGAAUAGACGCUUCUGGCGGAGAUCCGAACUGGAAAGGUUACUACAGUUUCACAUCUCUGAAGAAUGUUGGAGUUGGACCUCCUUCGCCCCGAUAUUGGCUUCUAUGGCCCGGAGUGAUGGUUAUGGUGUGUUCUAGCAUGGGAGAGCUACUUGUCCACUGGAAAAUCAUCUACUUUGGCUUCAAGGCUGGCUGGAAGUCGAUUUGUCUGUCAAUUCAUGAGACCGCCAUGAAGCGGAACAAGCGGAUCGAAUUUUUUGCCAAAUAUGCGGAAGCUGAGGAAAAACUGGACGCAGACCAUGUCGAAGACCCUGCUACGCCUGAACAACAAGUAAAGACAUGGAUCUGGGUUGUUGGACUCUUUGCGUCCAUCAUUCUAGCUUGUAUUGUCAUGGGACUGCAAUGGCAGGUCAAUGUUGGUGUCACCAUAUUGGCGCUGGUCCUCGCUUUCCUUUUUUCUUUCCUCGCUAUUCAGAUUGGGGCCGUUACCGAUCAGACACCUCUUACAGCUGCAGCAAAGGCCGCUCAAUUGGUUAUUGGUGGCACCACAACCGGUGCGGGAUACACUGUCCAACACGCUCAACGCAUCAACCUCAUUUCGGCCGGCUUGGCGGCCGGUGCCGCCGACGUCGCUACGGCGCUUACCUCCGAUUUCCGCACUGGUUUUCUGCUCGGUACACCGCCCAACAAGCAGUUCAUUGCCCAAGCUAUUGGCACGUUUGUGUCGGUUUGGCUCGCUCCCGGUCUGUUCGUCUUGUUCACCACGGCCUACCCUUGCAUUACGGAUGCCGAGCUUGACCACUGCCCCUUCCUGGUCCCUUCUGUUAGUGCUUGGGCUGCAGUUGCCCAGGUUGUCACGAGCCCUGACGUACCCAUUCCCCUGUCUUCCGGCAUUUUCUCUAUUGUUCUUGGCAUCUUUUCCAUUCUGCAGGUCAUUUUCCGUCACUAUUAUCUCACCGGUUCCCGCGAGAAAUACCAACAAUGGCUUCCAAAUUGGGGUGCCAUCGCCCUAUCCUUUGUCAUCCCAGGCCCCGUUUUCGUUAACGCUGCCUUCGUCGGUGCUAUCAUUGCCUUUAUCUGGCGUAGGUGGAAGCCUGCGAGCUUCGAGCUGUAUGGAUACGCCAUUGCUGCCGGUAUGAUUGCUGGCGAGGGAAUGGGUGGCGUCAUUGGCGCUGCAUUGCAAUUGGGCAAUGUUUCGAGUGACCGAUAUGGAACCGGCGGCCUUGCUUGCCCCAUGGAGUCCUGCUAA